AUACGCCGCCGGAGACAAUUUCCCUCAAAAUUAAUUUAAAAAAUUGUCAGAGACCCCAGAAAAUCAUCAUAAAGCUGAUUUAUAAUGGGAUUCUCCAAAGAUGAAAACAUAGUGGUGAGAUGGAUAAAGAUUGUCUUUUUCUUGCUUUCUAUGCUCAUUUCCCUCCUGAUUUUGUCCGCUCCGGUGGUUCUUGUCAUCGCCGACGCCCUCUUACCCUCGGCGCUGUUCUCCGCCUCGCUUUCUCCGGCGACCCCCCUCCCCUCUCUGUCUUCCCUUCUCCGAAGUUACGACUUCCGCUCUUCCCUCGUCGACAUUCCCGUCGUCUCCAUCCUCCGCUCCGCCGUCAUCUUGUUUGUUUACAGCUUGUGCGACGGUCCGAGGUUGUCGAGAGGCCCGUAUCUGGGGACCGCGACGGCGUGCUCUGUUUCCUCGCUGGUGUUCCUGUCGCUGAAGGCGCCGUAUGUGUUCGGCAGCGGCGGGAGAUGGAGUGCCGCCGUGAACGGCGGCGGCGGAGGGUACGGACGGGCGAUGGAGAUGGGUCUGUUUUUGUGCUCGUUUUCCUUAGCGGUGGCGCACGCGGCGGUGGCGUAUAGGAUCAGUUGCAGGGAGAGGAGAAAGCUUCUUGUUUACAAGAUCGACAUUGAAGCUGUUUCAGCUUGCCAAAAGGGAUUUUCAAGGUACCCAAAAGUGUUCCAAGAAAGAACAAAGAAGUAGCAAAAUAAAACUCCACUUCUGUUGGAGGGGCGUUGGAUCGAAUCCGCGCCGGUUUUUUCGUCACUCCAAUUUAAGGUUCAUAUCAAAGGGAGAUCAAAAGGCUAAAUUGGUACCAAAAAUGUAUUUUGUGUGGUACAUUUAUGUGUAAAUAGGAUGAGAUAAUAUCUCUCAGAGAGAUAUAGUGUGACAAAAUCAUGUGUGUGGAAAGUGAUGUGAGCUUGUGCAUCAAUUGUCUAUAUGUAUAUGAAGAAAGGUAUAUAGAUGUACAAGAAGAUGCAUCACUCAGCCAACCAUUUACCUUGCCAA